CUUAAAUAAGCACGUACAGCAAAUUUAUCAUCAAAAAUUUACUACCGUCAGCUUGUUCUAAAAUGUAUUUAGCUAAUUCGAUGUAAAUCAGGAAGGCAGUGGUGAUUCACCACAAUUUCCAGUCCGAAGCAGCAAAUCACAGAGCAACCGAGCGCGCACAUGUUCCUUCCCGCAGUUAACGUGUUUAUCACAAUUACAAAGAAUUGACACGUCACAAUCACACCCGUCGUUCGUUCAUUGUACCGUCUUGUAUGCAUCCUGUGGCCCGUGGGUGGUCGGUGUGAUGUGCUGCUUAAUGUGCCGGAGCCAAUUAAGUGCUAAUGAUUCGCCCCAUUUUGAUUUCCACAGAACUAGUGAGUGCGAUAGAAGAGAGUGAUAUCAUUUGCGCGCCACAUGUGUUGUGAUUCCCAACUGCCUGCAACGUCGACGACACUAACUAAGAUAUCUUGCCUUUAGUUGCUAGUGAGUGGAUCGACGGAGAUCACAUAAAUCGAAGAGAGCCGGUAGACAAACAAAAACAAAAAAGUGAACAGUGAAGAAGGUGCGAAGAAUGCCUAUUUGCACGCUGCCAACGGUCAGGAUCUACGAGGACUUUGACAAAAUCAGUGCCAAGGAGGUGUACUUCACCGAGGCCGGGGACAAGAUCACGGUUAAGUUGCUGCAUUUUCCCAAUCUAAGUCCCGAAGAGCAGGAACAUCUGCAGAACAUGUCCGACAGUGAUAUGAGUGGUGGGACGGGAGUUCCGUUGGAGGAACGUCAGAAAGCCCGGAAGAAGUCCACGGGAAGGAAGCUGAGCACAGAACAGCGUCGAUCCAGUGGAAAUUUACGCAAGAAUUCCAAGGAGGAUGUGAGCGGUGAUGCACAGAGUUUGGCAUCCAGGGUGCAUCCCUAUAAUCACUACAACCAUCACAACAGUCACCACCACCAUCACAAUCACCACAAUCAUGGACACCACCACAGCUACCACCAGGUACGGACUCCGGUGGUCCAGCAUCCGUCCGGCGAUGCGAGCAGUAGUUCAUCUUCGCCGGGCACUCCACUGCGGUAUCGUCUGCAUCGGUCUCCGUCGCCACGGUUGGGAUCGGCCAGUUUGUGCCCCGGCUACGAGCAGUACCAGAUGUCACUGUUGGAAGUCCCAUUGCCCCGGGAUUACGGGGAUGCCUCCAGCGACGAUCUGAGCUCCGAGUGGGACUCGGACGUACCGGAUCGCAACGAACAGGGAACGAAGCCCUCGGGAUGGCGAAAGCUGCGCAACAUCGUCCAGUGGACGCCCUUCUUUCAGACGUACAAAAAGCAACGAUACCCGUGGGUUCAGCUAGCCGGCCAUCAGGGCAACUUCAAGGCCGGUCCCGACCAGGGCACGGUUCUCAAGAAACUGUGCCCCAAGGAGGAGAAGUGCUUCAAGGUCCUCAUGAAAGACGUUCUCCGGCCGUACGUUCCGGAGUACAAGGGCCAAGUCAACAGCGAUGAUGGUGAAUCCACCUACAUCCAGCUGCAAGAUCUGCUCACAGACUUCUACCAGCCGUGCGUGAUGGACUGCAAAAUUGGCGUACGGACCUACCUGGAGGAGGAGCUUUCGAAAGCCAAAGAGAAGCCGAAAUUGCGAAAGGACAUGUACGAAAAGAUGAUCCAAAUCGAUCCGAACGCACCGACUGAGGAGGAACACCGCGCCAAGGGUGUCACCAAGCCACGCUACAUGGUGUGGCGGGAAACGAUCUCCAGCACUUCGACGCUUGGAUUCCGGAUAGAGGGCAUUAAAAAAAGUGACGGCACCAGUUCCAAGGACUUCAAAACGACCAAGUCCCGGGACCAGAUAAGCGAGGCUUUCCGGGAAUUCACCGAAGGAUUCCCUCAUACAAUGCCCAAAUACAUCCAACGGUUGAAGGCGAUCCGCGCGACGCUCAGCUAUUCGGACUUCUUCAAACGUCACGAAGUGAUCGGAUCGUCGCUGCUGUUCGUCCACGAUCGCCACAACGCCAGCGUGUGGUUGAUCGAUUUCGCCAAAACGGUUAACCUGCCGGAAAAGGUGGACAUCACCCACGAGAACAAGUGGAAGGUCGGCAACCACGAGGAUGGCUACAUGAUCGGCAUCAACAAUCUGAUCGACAUCUUCCAAGAGGUGCACGACGCGCACCAGGCAGCCCUUUCCGAGCGGAUACCGAGGCUUUCGUUGCCGGAUCUGGAGGACGACAUCAGCAAUAAUAACAACAAAAACAAUAACAACAACAACAAUAACAGAAGUCCAUCGAGUGACACGGGCGUCCCGUUGUUGACACAGGAAGCACAGCCUUCUUUGGUAGUUGGACUGAACGCGCUGGAGCUGAGUUCUUCGCCGACGGCAGAAGUGGGCAGCAGUGCUGCCAGCUGCCUCAACAACAACAACUGCGACUGCAAGGGCGAUGAUCCUUCGACGCCCCCGAGCACGACGACGACGGACGUUCCGGGUUCGAAUAGUUAAUUACGGUAACUAUAGCUGCAACCGGUAAUUUCUGUUUGUUGUUUUGUUUUAUACGUAGCAGUAGAGGAAAGAGAGAGAGAGAGAGCAUUUUUUUUUAUUAUAAUAGUGCAAGAAUCAGAGUGCAAAGCUCGUCAACAAGAGUCUGAUCUAGGACUGAAACUACAACUGUCGAUUUUUUGGACGCGGGGGCGUUGUGAUCGGGAAAUCGAGAGUAAGGCUUCAAAGUCUAGUAUUUUGUUUUUUUUUUCUCACGUAUGAGUGUAUAUAGUUCUAUUCUGGACGGUGAAUCUCAAUCGUUGUAACAUAACCUAUGUUAUUGAAAUUUGCGAGUUAUUUAUACACAAUCAUAUAUACAAAAGCAAUUGUAUUACUGCUAUAUACGAUAGUCAAUUACUGUUUAGUGAUUACGAAAGUUCGAUAAAAGAAACAAGUAAGUGUUGACAGAUUUUGUACCUUUUCUACCCAGCGGGACGGUACGAUGAACAAAAGUUAUGUAAAUUGUUUUGGAAGUUUUCAUAUUUAUCCGUAAAUUUACGUGAAGUUGGUUAUUUCAUACAAAAAAACACACUUACACGAGUUGCGUGCGACGGGAAAAUUUAAGACUAGUGGUAAGAGAAGGUGAGAAAAUUAUAUUCUAGGCUAAUAAGCAAAGUAGCAUGAAUUUCAAAUGAAUAAAUUAUUCGCAGCCCAGUGCAUGCUGAGAA